GCGGCAGCGCUUUCUGCUCGUGCAGCCCCUGAGCCUCCCAGCCCGAGCGCAGGCAGGACGGGAGCCGGCCCCGGGAGGCGCGGGGGCGGUGGGACGGCUGGGGGGCCAUCCCCGGGGGUCUGCUGAGCCGAGCUGCUUCGCCCACAGCCGCGGCCCCGUGGAGGGGGUGAGGAGAGCAGUCGCCCACCCUGCACCCGGGGGGCUCUGCCCCUCGCAAGGGCUCCGGGCAGCCCGGCGUGCUGCUGCGCGUCUGGUCACGAGCCGUCUCCGCUCCCCGCAGGCCUGGACCGUGAAUUCGGUUGCGAUGGAGACCGUGUCCCUGGAGCACCAGAUCCAGAGCGUGCAGCGGCACAUCGCCUUCCUGAAGAAGGAGCAGAUGGAGCUGCUCCAUGACCUGCACCUGGAGAUCCUCCGCUUGCAGAAGCACUGCUCAGAGCUCACCCAUGACCUGGAAAUAAAAGAGCUGGAAGCCCGCCAGCAAGAUGUCCUGGACCGGGAGCUGGAGGAGAAGUGCCAGGCGAUGGAGGCCCAGCUGCAGGAGAAGGAGAAGGACAACGCGGAGCUGCGCAAGGAGCUGCAGCACAAGGAGACGCUGGUGGCCGCGCUGCGGUCCAGCCUCCGCACCAAGGAGCGCCGGUUCCUGGAGGAGCUGAAGCGGCGGAGCCACCGCGUCACCAUCCUCGACACCGAGCUGCAGAAGCAGACGGAGGCGGCCGCCUACCUCUCCCUGCAGCUUCACGCCACCGCGCAGCGGCUGCCGGGCCCCCGGGCGGGCGGGCGGCCGCCCCCCGAGCAGCCCCCCGCCAACCCCCCGCCCGAGGGCCGGCCCCGGCGCCGCGGCCACAGGGCACCCGCUCGGCGCCCGCCCGGGGACGGUGCUCGCCCCAGGGACCCCGUGCAGGAGGAGCACGACGCCAUGCCCGACCCGGCCCUCUUCCUCUACACGGCGCGGCCGCAGCUCCCGCCGCCGGAGCCCCCCGCCAAGGCCCACGGCACGGCCGGUGCCGCCGCGGCCCCCCGGGUGCACAGGCCCCCCCGGCAGCCCGCGCAGGAGCCGGUGGCCGGGGCCAGGUCGGCCAAGGGUGAGCCCGGCACGAAGCAGGGGGCUGGCCCCCGCGGUGCCCCCCGGGCCCAGGAGUAGCCGUCGAGCCGAGCAGGCGGGAAAGCCUGAGCCCGGCGGCACCGGGGUGGGCGCCGGCCAAGGUUGCUUUCCCCCGUCCCCUCGGAGGGGAAGGGGCAGCGGAAAGCGGAUGCCCUGCUCGCACCUCCUGCCCGCGGGCAGCCGGGGAGGAUCCCCCCCUUUGCCGAGGGGUCUGAGCCGGGGAUGCUGCCGGCAGUGCCGCGGGGCGGGCGGGCAACCCAGCGCAGGGUCUGCGGAGGGGAAACGGCUGCGCGCCAGCCCUGAGCUUCCGAGGAGAGAAAAAAGCAAGCAAGCAUUCCUGCAACGAGGGGAUCUGCGCUGCUGUGGCCGCCCCGCGGAGCGGACGCCGCUGGGUGCUUUCCCUGGCCGGGGGUGCCGGGAGGUGGGUGUGCAGCAGCGAGGCGGCUGUGCGGCACGGGGCUCGGCACAGCGGGCUGAGCUCAGCCCGACCGCUGGCACCAGCACAGCGCUGGGGAGAGCCCCGGGUGUCACCAGGAAGGUCCUCGGGGACGCAGGCAGCUGAGUGAUCGUCGGUCCCACGGGUGCCGGAGGGUCCCGUGGGUGCACGGUGCAGCCGUGCCAGCCAGGUCGCAGGCCCUUGCUCCCCUGCGCGGCGGUGCGGCCGCCUCUGACACGGGUUUCCCCCGGCGUUACGCUGACACGCGGGACUUGGACGAAGCCGCAGCCCUGCUCCCCGUGCUGCUGGAGCCGGGCUGUGCCUCACGCCCCGGGCACCAGCCUUUUGGUUCUCGGCCACAUCCACAGCCAGGGCUGGGCUUGUCGCAGCCCUCCGGUCCUCCCCCACCACCCCCCCGUCCCUCCCAGCACGGCGGCUGUGCGGCAUGCAGCCUUCGCCCCGCCGGGGCAGCCUCACCCGGGCUCCAAACCAAACCAUCAGCUUUGUGCACCCAUUCCCUGGGUGCUGCGGAACGGCGGGAGCAGGGAGAGGGAGAGGGAGAGGGAGAGGGAGAGGGAGAGGGAGAG